AUUCCGUGCCAGCUCUUGGUGCGUACACCUCCAUGAUUCAGACCACCAUGUCCAUGAGCAAAGAGGUCGCCAAAAGCGUCGAGGACUUCCGUGCAAACGUUGCGGAGACUGCAGAAGGCAUCGUCUUCCGUGUGUUCCCAAACAAGAUAAUUGAACUUACGAGCCUGAUCGAGUCCACGAAGUCCGAUGAUUCACCCUACCAAAUAUCUCAAGCGGCUGCAUCCACAGACACUACCGUCUACCCUUCACCAUCAUCGACAGCAAAGAAUGGUCCGUCAUCUAACAAGCGUAAGCGCAAUGAAGAUGGAAGUGGUUCGCCCGCCCACGCGAACGAGACCGUCAGCGCAAGAUAUCCAGAGCUUGUACAAGCCAAUAAACUCAUUUCGAAGCUGCAUGAGACGACCAAAUCAGAGUGUGCACAACUAUCUGACUCUUGUGACAAAGUCAAAUUAUGGGUGAACCUGACCAUGCCCAAGAUUGAAGACGGUGACAACUUCGGUGUUCAAAUUCAAGAGGAGGUUCUCAGCGAACUUCUCCGGUCGCAGGAGAGCGCGUACAACAUACGCGAUGGUAUUCGUCAACAUCAUCUGGGAAGAGCAAAGAUUUCCUCCAAACUCAUCAAGUAUCCCAACAUAGAAGAUUACACACUGAGCUUGAAAGAACAUGAUGAGAAGCAGUUUUUCUUUGCUCGCCAGAACCUUAUAGACAUUCGCAAUAUCUACGCUGUCCUCACUGAUAUCCUGCACAAGAACAUUGCCAAGAUCCGGGCACCCAAGGGAAACAAUGGUGUCGGACUCUACUGAUACAUUUUCUGGGACCAACUUCAGUACUCUUACCGUAUCCAUACUGAUAAUUACACGAAGUGGCUGACAAUUGGUUAACGUGUUUCUCAUGAUAGCCAUUGACAUCUAUUAAAUUUCAGGUAUGUGACUUCUGCAAGUCCUACUUUUUAUUA